AUGAAGAGCAACUGCGUCAAACGAGUCCUGUCCCCACUAAAGGGAAGUACGCCACAUCCGGUGAAUGCGACAGCGGCGAAGUCACCGACAAGUGAGGCCCCAGUAAAGCAGAAAAAUUAUAAGGACUUUAUCAACCGGACAAUAUUCACUAUUGCAAUGGCUUAUAUAUUCCUUGGACUGAUUUCAUUAGGUGUUGAAGUGGUCAUCCCUUUUGUCAUUGCUAUUUUUUGUAUGAUGUUCAGCGAGAUCACCAGAAUUAACCAGAGGGUGCGGAAGGAUCGGCAACUUCCAUCGGUGAUGAUAUUAAAGGUGUGGUUUUUCGGAACCACCACAUUUCUUGUUGUGACAAACAGCGUUCGUGAGGCCCUGGUAGCCACGUACCCGUCUCUCUCAACGUACUACAGUAACAUUGGCAUGAUUGCAUUUGGUCUCCUCAUGACUGGUAUCGUGGGCUUUGUGCUAAGCCUAAGAAAGGGCAUGUACCGCUACCAGUUCAUUCAGUUUACAUGGAUAGUGAUGACCUUGAUGUUCAUUGUUAUUCAGGGUGGUAUGCAGUUGAAGAACAUGAUGCGAGGAAUGAUUUGGUUUCUCCUUCCGGUGAGCUGCGUCGUGAACAAUGAUAUUUGGGCAUACGUGUUCGGCAAACUCUUCGGAAAAACGAAGCUGCUGGCGCUUUCUCCAAAGAAGACACUAGAGGGAUUUCUGGGGGCCUUCCUCUUUACAAUGAUAUGGGCCUUCUGGUUCGCCGGCUUUCUCAGUUACUUCCCACAGUUGUACUGCCCAAAGGUUGACUUCCACUCGCCGAUGCGAUGUGAGAAGAACCCCUUGUUUGUGCAGCGCUCCGUGCCUUUACCGUCGUUUGUCCAGAAACUGACGGGAUCCUAUGUGACUACCAUCCAGUCCUCAAAAGCACAACAACACGCGCUGGUGCUCGCCGCAUUCGCAUCGCUCGUGGCUCCCUUUGGUGGCUUUUUUGCCAGCGGUCUGAAGCGCGCGUUUAAGCUUAAGGACUUUGGUGAUCUUAUCCCUGGUCACGGCGGCAUCACAGACCGCAUGGACUGCCAGGGUAUGAUGGGGUUCUUUACAUAUGUGUAUUUGAAAAGCUACGUGUAUUCGGAUUUCAAGUGCCCAUCGCCACAUGAUCUGAAUAGUUGUGCUCUACAGUUGGGUGAUAUGGAGAAACGUAAACUCAUACAACUAUUGACGGAGUCGUUUUCAAGUGAUUCAUAA